AUGGCUCAUUAUACAACAGUAAAUCGUCUUUCCAAGUCAGAAGAUCAAUCUAGUCUUGAAUAUAUCAUCAAUCACGUAUUUCUCCCCCUCAAGUUGCCACAAGGGAGUGACCAGUCCCUUGAGAACGACCUGGUCUUAUCUGAAGCAGUAUUCGAUGCUGCUAUCACGUUCAGCGACCAGCUACCGUCCGAUAAGCUGCGGCUUUGGACGAACAUCUUGAAAAUGCUCAACAAUCUUAAAGAUUCAAUCAGAUCCAGCGUCAUGUCUGCAGAGGAGGUCGAACAUCAAAUCAACACUAUGGAAACUGAAAAUGUACUUAUAUAUAUGAUUCGCGCGCAAAACGCUGCGGUUGUCAUGAGAAAACUCGAAUCCGAAACUAUAUUCGAGUCAUUUGAGGUCUCUCCUGACCCCACCGCAGUGAUGGGCGCAAAGGGAAAGCUGAUAUGUUUUUAUCCUGGACCUGCCAUCACAGUCCCAGACAUGAACAUUGACAACGCUACCUUUCCCGCCGAGCUGGCAAAUUUUCUCGUUCACAUGGAUCAAGAUGUACUCGAUGCAGCAGCGACGAGGACAAAGGCUAACUGUACUGUUCUCGAAGAGAGAGACACCACGCAUCCACGAUAUAUCACAGAGCUCCUGACCGGUAUACUGCGUGGCCUCGGGAGCAUCGCUGAUGUUCCUCGCAUCCGCAAGCGCAUCGGAGAUGAUGUGCUGUGGGACAGCGCGAAAUUGCCGUGGAGGCGGUCUCCACUUUGGCUUGUAAUUCGUGUUGCCUUACAGACGACUCUGGAGCGCAGUGCUCUCGGACGAACGACGUAUAAAUCGUUCAUGCUGUUCUUCAUGGCAAGGCUCGUGACCCUUACCCUCGACCAUGACUUAUCGAACGACAUUCUACACUUCAUGUCGACAAAGAUUGCGCGCCGCCUUUUCAAGCUGGGACCCUCUUCAUCUCUGGAGUUAUCGCAGAUGGUCAGUAAGAUUGCCGGUGAUGUAAGGAGCGUCCUAGAGGAAAGAUGGAGAUCUGUUCAGAGUGUGCAACGGGCCUCGCCUCUUUGGGCUCCCAAGACCCUCCGAGUCUUGCGAGAUACUCAUCUUUCCUUGAACACGAGCCGACAGUACAUAUACCAUGCUUUGCAGAACCAGCAUUCCUCCUCCCGAGCAACCCCAUUCAAUCCCAGCCACCACACACGCGGGACAAUCAAUAAUUUCCUUGACACCGAAGCUAGCUUCCUGAUAGCUGCCCAUGCCGCAGAACCGUCUCUUACACUCGCAGACUUCGAGACCGCUAUUGGAUCAGGGAUCGAUGACUGGGUGGCGCGCAUUCCACGCAGGAGUGUCGAUUCCGCAUGCGUCUCGAUUGAGGCGUGUGCCUCUGCAUACUCUUCGAGAGCGCUUACAGCUUAUAAAGGAAACCCAGAGAAUUUGUCUAUCAUGCUUCUCACCCUUUUUGAGCUCUGGGUAGCAAUGGAUAAAAUCGUUGUUGGAAAAAUUCCACUCCUGGCAGAAUACUCUCCCGAAAUCCCAUCGACGCUUUUGGAUUGCCUUUUAAUCCGCAAAGCUUCUGUCCUUGAUCGUUUGAAGAAAUUGCACACCUACCUGAAAGCUCGUCAUUGUCAGGCUUCCAGCGGUCUGUCGGUAUUUACCAAUGAUGACGAAUCGUUCGCGGCGCGAUAUUUUCACCAGUCAUCCGAGCUGCAGAGUUUGAAGGCUCGUAUCGAGGCGGAUGGUCGGAAACAGCGGCAGGAGAAGUUAACCGAACUUCGGACCCUCCACAGAAGGUAUCGUGACCUAACGACGCGCGCAGCAAGUUUAGAGCACGAAUACGGUGUCAACUCCCGCGGCUGGGAUUACCACAAGCACUGGCAAUGUGAAAAGUGCCAUGUGGAGAACGAUAUGAAUUCCAUGGAAAUUACAGUCUACGAGUGGCCGCUACCAGCGCCUGAAGAGGAGGCGAUUGUGGUGGUGUUCGAGUUAGCAUGCCCCAUUGCGUUCGACAUGUGGAGAUCCAUGACAAUUCAUGUUUUCGUCGAUGUCUGCACUCCAGAGCAGAUUCCCUGCAUUCCCCCCUUCAUGACACUGCCUGAAUAUAACGCCUUGAAGCAAUAUCGCACGUGUCAUCCAAGGCAAAGGCUCACUUUGGCGUCGGAAGCCAAACCUUUCUCCAGAUCUCAUUACAGCGAGAUUCGCAUUCCCACGCCAAACACCGAAGUCUGUGUGAACAACGGACUCGAUUUUUGGCCUUUCGACACAACGACAGGCGCAUGGGUGGAAGAUAUACCGCUACAAUGCGAUGUCACCAAGUUGUGCACUUUCCUUCUUCCGAAGGGACCAUAUGAUGGUUUGCAGCAGUACCUUGCAGGGACAUCCCACACGUCAAACCAGGUCAUGGCCAAUCAGGCAGAUUGUCACAAAGACGUGACCAUCCACGAAUUCAUCGCGUUCGGAACCUUGCGGAGUGGACCGCAUUUGCAAUGGAUGAAUGUGCUGCGUGAACUCCAUGCAAGGACGCUCAAUUUUCGACGUGAGGAGAUCCAUCUUCUGUUGGCCCAAGCUGUCUCACAGGCCGGCCCAUUUUCGUCCAACGACGGCCUUAUUUGGCAUGAGGACUUGAACAGCGUGCCCUUCCUUAUUGCACUACUUGGAGAGCUGGAGGAGUUGAUGGCGAGCGUCGAAGGAAAUUGGUUGGAAGCUGUCACGAUCGACACUAUCAUCAUGCUUGUGUGCCGCGUUUUGUCCUCGACUCAGGAAGAGAGUGUGAAAAGUCGUGGACACGCGCUCCUUCGAAGGAUACGAACUGCGACUUUUACGUUGCUGAUGCAACUAUCAGGGAAAAUGCAAGCCAGCAACGACGAGGCGGUCAGCCGGGAUUUGCAAGGGCGUGUUCGGGAUAUGGCAGUCACCUGUCGUAGCACUUUCGAUGUCGAUGGGAACGCUUCACUGCUCCUGACGUCGAACGACGACAUCAAGAUAUUUGUAUAUUGUGCGGUCAUGCUUUAUGACAACACUCCAAGCCAACUCGACAAUCUUUCACGAUAUUCCAAGCUACUGCUAGAGCGAGACAAGAGAUGUUGCCACGCAUUAGAACCCAUUAUUCGUCAAUAUGUAGAGCAACACAGGGAGGGCCUUGAUUGCGCAAUAGUCAAGAUUUGGGACAGCUACAGACCAGGAACUCCUUGGAGGGCACUUAGGGCUCCGAAUUCUCGUUGGCUCAUGACGCAAACUGCGCCUUCACAUUCCCAAUUACCACAGGACGUGCACAUUGAUUUGAUCAGCGGAUGCUUGCUUAUCGAUGGGAAGCAGUUGGGCAGGCUUCCUUCAAAAAUAGUGCAACAUCCCACUUACCGAUCGAUCUUCGGCGGUCAAGUUCUGGACAUCAUUCCAGCUGAUAUUCGUGGAAUGGAAUAUGCGACGCGCGGGAACUUCUGUGACCAUCAGGUGUCUUUCGCUCUCCUUGACUCAAACGAUCUCAUCAUCCGUGCGAAGCAUAUCGAACAUGACUCACCUAUCCUCCAACUCAUUCCAAGCCACAAAUUCGUGGAAGACCUGCCGACCCCUUUAGUCGUGGGUCAUACUCAUUGGCUUAACCUGCAGACGAACGAAAUCGAGAUUCGUCCAGCAGGAAAUGCGUGGAAAGUUUCAUCCGACAAUUGGGUCUUGCGAUUUGAUGUUUCGGGUUCCUCGACGGCACAGAAUUCCAGUGGUGCCACCCUUGUCGACAUACGCAGCCAAACGUGGGACAUGAUCUCCAAGAGGCUGCGUCCCCUGGAGGAUGUAAACUUCAUCAUGGUCACAUGUAACCAAGCAUCCAGUAGCACUCCCUCGUUGAAGGCUGAUUUGCCUCGAUAUGGCCUCGAAUUCUUCAUUGAUGAUGAUGGAGAAUUGCAGUCCCGUAACAUGCGCAACAUGGUCGUCGAUGCCAUUCAGUCAAGUGGCACCAUGUUAGGAUUGGUCAAUCAACUCAUCCUACGCCCGAAGUUGCAAGUUGCGGAUGAGCAUCCGCGCACCGUCAUCAUCCCAGAUGGUCAUAUCUCAUACUCCGCUGAUGGUCACCAUGUCCGCGUCACCAUCGCUCCUGAAGGUACUCGAGUGACAUAUCAGUCGUACAGAGUUGACACAGAUCUAUGCUGCCUCACUGGGAAUGUGGGUCUCACAAGUAAGCUCUAUCAGGCGCUCCUUCACGCUGUUACCAGUGGCUGUCUUCCUGAUCCCCUCACGGGUCGAACGGGGACAGAGGAAGCGUUGCAUCUCUUAAAUUCCGCAGCUUGCCGAUCGUUUAUGAAGCUUCGCUCUCGUGACACGGACCUUUUGCGCGAGAUCAGUUCUCUGUCAACUAGGCGCGUCUGGUACCCUAUUCAUCUUCAGAAGAUGCAGACAAUCUCGUGGUCAUGCCUUGCGCCCCUUGCACAGCACCAUGGUUUUCAUCCAGCCGCGAAAUCUAUCAUGGAUUACGGAAUGAAGCUUUCGACUUUCUCAGAAGGGUCCGCAAACCUUCAGGAACUUCCACGAUUCACCAAUCACCUUCUGGAGCGUGCCUCAGUUCGUGCCUCAGCAAUUUAUCCUGAUCAGUUCUCUCUUUCACUUCCGCUCGGUGAUACAGAUGUCAUCUAUGCUUCACGCGAUAUUCCCGACAAGGUCGCAGAAGAGAGAGCAUUCCAAAUCACCUUCAUGGUGCAUCAGUGGUCACGCAAACUUCCAGUGCAACAGAAUCUCCUUGAUCUGUUGACUCAGUGGCAAGAGGUCCAGGGCAUUGGCGAGCCGCUCAGCUUGCAGUACUCCAAAGACUGGCUUCAACCAAGUUUCCCUGAUGUCUUCCUUUCCGCGUACGAUUGCUGUCGUAGGGCUACAAAGAAAGACAUACCUCGGCUGGUGUUCACCCUGGCUUCAUUAUCAUACAGCUUGUUGGAUGAUCAUGCUCUCGUGCCAACACUCCUAGCCUUCGCCACCAUUCCCAAAAUUCGCAGCCUGGGAGACCCUCCGAAGUUCACCUCCUAUGAUCUCUCGAAUGGUUUUAUGCUGUCCGAUACGAGAUUGGACGACAUCAUCAGUUCGUGCUCCAAAGAUUACGAAAACAGCCAGGAGAGACAACUACCUGCAAUGCACGGCGAAGAUGAAAAAACUCUAGGGAGGCGUCGUUAUUCAGCUUUCGAAAACAGAUGUCGCUCUGAGAAACAAGUCAUUCUCAGCAAAGUUCAGAAUGCCUGGCCACGCGAAACUCUUCCGGCACUUGAUACACUGCAAGCGAAGUGCUACAAUCUCAAAGAAUUGUCAGGGAAACUUUCCCCAGUAUUUCGCAGCUGUUGGCGAAACCGUUGUCUAAAGCUACACCUGGAUGGCCUGCAGGAGACGCUCAAAUCAUUCUACACGCCAAAUCCUCCUUCGAAACUACCCUCUCAAUAUGAUCUCAAUUCUUACCUUGAGGACUCGCAUGUUGCAUCACCGGCCUCAUCUGUUGAUACCAAGUACCUGUUCAAUAGAGAUCCGCCUGUGACAAGCAUGUGUUGGUCUUCGCAGUUUCUGCCCAAUGCCAAUCAGAGAGAUUUGGUAUCUUCAGACUCCCGAGUUGCAGCAGGGUUGCGACAGCUGAUCGACGAUUUUCGCACACGAGGAAGUGACAAGUUUCACUGCAAAUAUGCCGACGAUCUGUACAAGAGCAUGUCGAUUUACUGUCACGAAGAUAUUGUCGCCCCACCAGAUUCUACGCCAUACACAAUGGAACUACUGCUCGAGAACCAUUCUCUCCAUACCCGGCAAUUCCAAGACUCACUUGCAUCUAUUGCACACACCCUCUCCCCCGCCUCUGCUGCUGAGAACACGUUAUAUAAUGCUGGAUUAUGGCCUCGAGUUACACCAAAUUUCCUUUUCACACGCAUGGCUUCUACAGCAGGAAGUCAUCUGGGGAAGGCUUGGCGUGGUGCUCUUAUCCAGCUGUCGCAGAUACUUUUGCAACUGCAACGCUCGCGAAGGCUGUUGGUCUUUGCUACUAACAGAAACUGGGUCGAGUUCUUCAAGGAGUUGGAGAGCGAAGGAUGCGUAGAAUUUGAUCCGGAGCUGUACCCUGAUUGGCUCUUAAUACAGAUUGAAAGUCAGUUCUUGGCACGGCCGGUCCAGGUCAAGGUCGCGCUGGAGAUGAUGUCACCAUGCACAGGAGGAAAUACUUCUCUCCAACUGAACAUGGGCGAAGGCAAAUCCUACGUUAUCGUGCCCCUCAUAGCAGCCGCAAUUUCUGAUGGCCACAAACUGGUCCGAGUAAUCGUGCUGAAGUCGUUGUCGGCUCAGAUGUUCCAACUCUUAGUCGAACGACUAAGCGGCCUCGCACAAAGGCGCAUUUUCUAUAUCCCAUUCUCCCGCGCACUCUCUAUCAACCCAUCGAAGGUGCAAAUGUAUCGUGACUUGAUGCAGGAGUGCAUGGAUACCAAGGGAAUCUUAGUCGUGCAACCGGAUCAUAUUCUGUCAUUCCAGCUGAUGACUGUCGACCGUCAGCUUUCCCCUCAGAUUGAAGCUGCUGAAGAUAUGCUGCAGACUCAGUUUUGGCUCCACAAUCACACACGCGACAUCCUGGAUGAAAGCGAUGAAAUUCUGCACGUCCGCUACCAGCUGGUGUACACUGUGGGUCUCCAAAGGCCACUUGAAGGUCAUCCCGAAAGGUGGACAACAACGCAACAAGUGUUGAGUCUUGUCGCGAAGCACGCCGCUCGGCUCAUGAGUGAAUUCCCGUCUCAUUCAGAAGUGUUCACUCCUGAGCAUGGAGGGUUCCCCUUUGUUCGUGUCCUGCACUCGACAGCGGGCGAAACAUUAGUCCAAUGGAUCGCAGAGGAUGUCAUCAGUAGCGCGCUUGAAAACAUCAGCUUCGAUCAAGCAUCUCCCUAUGUGAAAGAAGCUGUCUGCUGCUUUAUUGCAACUGAGAAGAUAUCCAACGCUUGUGUUAGCACAGUGAAGAAUUACUAUGGAGACACUACGGUCUGGCCAGGCCUCCUAGUCCUGCGUGGAUUGCUGGCAUGCGGUAUCUUGGUGUACGCCCUCAAAGAACGUCGCUGGCGCGUGGACUAUGGCCUCACCCAAAAACGAACGAAGCUAGCUGUGCCAUUUCGUGCAAAAGACAUGCCCUCACUGCGGGCGGAGUUUGGCCACCCAGACGUUGCUGUGACCCUCACGUGCCUGUCAUACUAUUAUGGGGGUCUCACGCUCCAGCAGUUGAUGUUGUGCUUCGAGCUCCUGCUCAAGCAGGAUAAUCCUACCCUCGAGUAUGAGUCUUGGGUUGCUAGACUUCAGUGCAUCCCAGAAAGUCUGCGUCAACUCAAUGGAAUCAAUACGGAAUCCGCAGAGCAGGUCCGUGACCUUCAACGACUGUUCGAAUUCAACAAGGCGGUCAUAGAUUUCUACCUGUCCCGAGUAGUUUUUCCCAAGGAAGCAAAGGCAUUCCCCAGCAAGCUCACCUGCUCCGGGUGGGAUCUCGCUCAAGAGAAGAGACAUCUCACCACUGGCUUUUCUGGUACCAACGACAAUCGUUAUCUUUUACCAAGCUCGAUGGUGCAGCAUGACCUCGAUUACCAACGCAGCACGAAUGCCCGGGUCCUGGCGUUCCUUUUUCGCCCAGAAAACAACUGCUACAGACCCAUACCGUCUGGCCAGAAGAUACAACAUUUCAUUGAUACCUUAAUCGCACAAAUCCCCGAGGUCCGCGUGCUCCUGGAUGUUGGUGCGCAGAUGCUGGAAUUGAAGAAUCAGGAAUUGGCCGAGACAUGGCUUCGAGGCAAACACGAUGCCCAAGCCGCAGUCUUUGUGAACGAUGACGAUGAAAUUGUUGUCGUCAGUCGGGAUGGGACAGUAGAGCCCCUUGUGUCGUCCCCCUUUGCCCAACAGCUUGACCAGUGUGUGGUCUAUCUGGAUGACGCGCAUACCAGAGGAACGGAUGUCAAGCUUCCUUCUGGCUUCCGAGCUGCUGUCACGCUUGGUCCGAAAGUCACGAAAGACCGCCUGACACAAGGAUGCAUGCGAAUGCGGAAGUUGGGCAAUGGUCACUCGGUGAUGUUCUUCGCUCCGACGGAAGUUGACCGAAACAUUCGCUCAGCGACUCAGAGGGCUGAUACAGACCGUGUCGACGUUGCGGAUAUCCUGCACUGGGCAAUGCUCGAAACCUGUCUUGAUAUCCAGAUGCGUGCAUCACACUGGGUUCAACAGGGAUCAGAUUUUAGUAUACGACAUUCCUCAUGGGCUAAAUUAUCACGUACCCCCACCUCGAUCUCCACCCUGAAGACCGCCUGGUUGCAGUCUGAGGAGCGUUCAUUAGAGGAUAUGUACGCACCACGCAGUCCUUUGCAAAUAUCCCACGUUUGGGCUGCAGACAUUCGAAAAAAGUGCAAGGAGCUCGGAGUUCUGACGGGACCAAAAAUGAACAUGGAUGAGGAACAAGAAAGGGAAGUAGUCCACGAGGUGGAGAGAGAACAUCAAGUUCAAAGACCGUCCAAAGUGCAACCUGCAGCUCAGAACUUGCAUGCGCACGUUCGUCAAUUUGUCGAGACCGGCCGAAUUCCUAGAAAGUCCCCCGCAUUCAUUCCGGCGCUAUCCAGCCUCGCCAACACUACUGCUGAAUUUCACGAGGCCAAUCAGUGGGCGCAAAAUGUUUUAGUCACACUUGACUUCGCUCGUACGGUGGAGACUGUCCUUACCAUACAGAAAGCGGAUGAAUACCUGCGGCCCGUCAAUUGGAUCGUACUCGGUGACGUUGGAGUGCUGGUAAUCAUGAGCCCGAACGAAGUGGAUGCACUGCUGCCUGAUAUCCGCAACAGCAAGGCAGUUCAGUUAUGCGUAUAUACCCCUCGGACCACAAACACAAUGAAGGCAUGCGAUGAUCUUCGACUCUACCGUGUUCCUUCGACGUCACAUCUGACAUUACCGGAACCGCUGAUUUGCCAGCUCAACCUUUUUGCGGGUCAACUCUAUUUCUCCAGUUACGAGAUGUAUCUCCGCACUUGCAACUUCUUAGGCCUCAACGCGCCGGAUUUGAGGGACAUGGACUUGAUAGCCGACAGUGAUGGAUUCAUUAGGAAGAAUCGCCCUUCUGCUCGAGCAUCGUGUUCGUUUAAGCGAUCCCAACUUCCUCCGCUGAAGGAGUUGUUCGGAAUGAGAAGGAAAGGUAUGGGGUAUUUGCCAACUCACCUCGGAAGGAUGUUCAAUGGCCGCAUUCUGACCGAGGGGGAUUUUCCCGACUGAGUGCCAGGUUUGUUUAACGUAAGUUUUAGCGCCUUUCUGCCAGGGCCUCACUGAUUGCAAUUCUUCAUCAUGAUGUAAUUUUGUGACAUUCUUUGUGAAUGUAUUUGUAGUCGAAUUCAUAGUGGAUCUGAAACGCUAUACGUCUUGCUGCGUCAUGUACCCUCAUGUCAUUACCAAAUAUUAUAUCUCCAUUAUCCUCUUCACUGGUCCGUUCGUUGUUUCAUUAUGGUCGGUCGGUGAAACGGUGGUGGAUCAGCAAGAUCGCCCUGUACUUAACAACGAGAGCGCUUGAGUAGUGUGAAACCGUGCUCAGCGCAGCAUUUGUUUAAGAAAGCCACGAGCAUAGACAAGUAUUGAGGAUUGAGGAUCAAGUGCCGAGUUCCUGGGGAUGUGUUGUA